GCAGGCGUAUUCACAUGGAGGCCGUGUUGCUGUUAAUGCGCAUGUCCCGGAAUGCGGCUGGGAGGACUGCGCAUGCCCGAAGGGUGGGGGUUGAGGCCGACGGGGCGCCGUACGGCGGAGGCGGGGCUUCAGUGGCUUCUGGUGCUCUAGGGUGAGCUCUGCCCGGCUGCAGGGAUGGCGGGGAGGGGUAAGCUCAUCGCAGUGAUCGGAGACGAGGACACGGUGACUGGUUUCCUGCUGGGCGGCAUAGGGGAGCUUAACAAGAACCGCCACCCCAAUUUCCUGGUGGUGGAGAAGGAUACAACCAUCAAUGAGAUCGAAGACACUUUCCGGCAAUUUCUAAACCGGGAUGACAUUGGCAUCAUCCUCAUCAACCAGUACAUCGCAGAGAUGGUGCGGCAUGCCCUGGACGCCCACCAGCACUCCAUCCCCGCUGUCCUGGAGAUCCCCUCCAAGGAGCACCCAUAUGACGCUGCCAAGGACUCCAUCCUGCGCAGGGCCAGGGGCAUGUUCACUGCCGAAGACCUGCGCUAGGGGACUCCUUAUAGCCCUCAGCCCUUCCCUUGUUUCCAGGCCUCUCCCCAGGCUUGCCAUCAGCCUUCUUUACUUUUUGAGCCUCUGAUUUCCAAUUCCCUGCCGCUUCCCACUCCCAUUAAGAGGCUAGGUGAGGUGCUUCUAGGUUGCUGGGGCUCUGCUGUUAAAAUCAAAGCUGGUUAAGGAACAGGAAGCCUGACCAUCUCCCUCCACUACCUCUUCCCUGUGCUGUUACACAGUGUCAUUGUUGAUGUUAAAUUAAAGUCAUAUUCUUGCUUCUCUCCA